UUACGCGAGUCAUAUCUACGAACAAAGAGCUGGUUUUCAUAGCGGGGCUCCGGGAAUGAGUCCGGGAAUGGCUCCGGGAAUGGCUCCUGGAAUGGCCAGUCCUACCGAACCAUUAUAUAGUGGAGGGUAUCAGCCGUGGGCUAACACAUAUCAAACUCAAGGCCGAGACCAUCACAGGGGAGGCUUUUCUUAUGAUGAAUACGGUCCGGGAGGCUAUACAUCCUCUCGACGAACAUUCAACGCUAACUACGGAACUGCCAAUCGUUAUCCGGGUUAUGGAGUUCCUCCUUAUGGCUCAUUCAGUCAACAAACGCAAACACAUACUAGUUAUCCAAUCAGCACAAGUGGGGGUACGAGUGGUGGCACUGGUGGAGGGCAACCGCCUAUAGUCCAACCGCCACACAAUCCGCCCACUUAUGGCAUCCCUUAUAGUGUGGGUUCGAGUGGAUCUUACAAUUCAAUCCCAGCCCCAUAUCCGCCCCAAAAGGGCACAGAUCUAUGCAAAUACUCUUCGGGCGCAUCGACUCCUCCGGGCGCUCCCGUCUCGGCUCGCUUUUCAAGAAUUGGUUUUAGUUCACGACUUCGGAGUCAAUACGUGUUUAAAGUGGUUCGCGCCGACAGAAUAGAGGACUGCGAGCGCGCCUGUACUGAGACCAGAGAUUUUGUUUGCAAAUCAUUUAACUUUAGGGCAUUUUUUCCCGAUAAUUGCGAAUUAAGUCAUUUCGAUUCAAAAGAGUUUAAAUACGAUAAUCCGACUUAUUUUGAGCACAAUUCGCAAUACGAUUAUUACGAGCGCUCAGACCUGGCGGCCGGAGGAGGCGGUACUGCCGGCACUGCCAACGCAGCCGACUGUAUGGAAGUGACCCAAACCUGUACUCCGGAAGGCAUGGAGUUUAGUUUGCGUACAUCUGAGGCCUUUUACGGCCGUAUCUAUACCUACGGUUUCUAUGAUUCGUGUUUUUUCGAUGGCAACGGAGGCACCACUAGUGUCCUUAGGAUCAGUCGCACGAAUGGCUUUCCCAGGUGUGGGACUCAACAGUACGGCGACGCCAUGACCAACAUUGUUGUCGUUCAGUUCAAUGAUUACGUACAGACCAGUCGUGACAAGAAGUAUAAUCUGACGUGUUUUUUCUCAGGACCCGGAGAAGCGGUCGUCACUUCUAACUAUUUGGAUACUAAAACUGAUGGGCGACACCCGACACAGAUCGAGCACUUGCCCGCACAGAACAUACUCACCUCUAAUGUGGUGCUCAGAGUUUUAUACAGAGGAACGCCGACCAACACUAUAGUUGUGGGCGAUCUCUUGACUUUCCUCAAGAGAUCGCCCACAACUAUAGUGUUGGUCGGCGUUCCUCUGUAUAAAACUCUGAGCACCACAUUAGAGGUGAAAGUGACGACCGCUUCUCCGGGUCCUGAGAAAAAACACGUCAAAUUAUACUUCUUGUCACGACUGGUCUGCACUCCCACACCGGGGAAAGCCAUUCGUGCGACUGAUCCUAAGGACACUAGUGGUGCCUCCGUUGCCAUCGAAAAAACACGAAUCAUAGAAACCAUAGGUAUAGAUACGGCCGUAAAAGGCCUCAGAUGUACGCAAACUAAACUCCAUGCCUUCCGGAGUACAGGUUUGGGUCACUUCCAUGCAGUCGGCGGCGUUGGCAGUGCCGGCAGUACCGCCUCCUCCGGCCGCCAGGUC